AUGUCUCUACCAUGGCUGAGCCAGCCGGUCAUGCUGCAUUCGAGUCGCGACGCUGGAACAUGCUCCAUGACGCCAGAGCAAUGUGCCUUCAAGACUGGCUACUGGGUGUUUUGGUAUGAGGCUGAUCAUCGAUACGGACUACCUACGGUUGCUCUCUUCGUCACUGCAGUAUUGCUCGUCGCCAUUGCAAGCUUUGCAUCGACUUACGCCCCAACGUCGUGGAGGAGAAACGCAAUAUGGCUACGGAUACUGUCAUCAGGCCGUUUGUUAUCCUACAAAAGCUGGCGCUUUGGGUUCUGGAACACACAAUCAUUAGGAACAUACCUGCUUGGUGCCGUAGGAGCAGUGUUCUUCUUUGCAAUGACGCUUGGUCCAGAGCCCUACUAUUGGCCUAACACAAAACAACUCAGCUUCGGAAAUUCCCCGCCGAUCGCCACCCGAGCUGGUUACAUGGCCCUGGCAUGUAUGCCAUUUCUCUUUAUUCUAGGUGCUAAAGCGAAUCCGAUAUCGGCCCUUACCGGUGUUUCCCACGAGAAACUCAAUAUCUGGCAUAACUGGGUGGCUUGGGCCAUGUUUGUACUAGCACUGGUACACACAUUUUCCUUCAUUGUCUUUCACAUCUGGAAAGGGGACAUAGUCAAGCAGUGGAACGAUGGAGGGGUGUGGGUUACAGGUGUCAUCGCCAUCCUUGCACAAGCAUGGUUGACCUUCAUGUCGAUUCGCUGGAUCCGAGAUCGAUACUACGAGCUUUUCAAAGCCACUCACCUCUUUGCCGCUGCCGUCUUCUUCAUAUUCUUCUUCAUCCACUGCGACUUCCGUCUUACAUCAUGGGACUACUUCAUCGCUACAGCUGUUCUGUACUCCCUCUGCUUCUUCUACUCACAGUUUAAAACGUUUAUGGAGCAUGGUGUGAAGCAUGCUCGAAUUUCGCUGGUUACACCUCAUUGUCUCAAGGUCGUUAUUGAAACCAACACGCGAUGGACACCGGGACAGCACGUGUAUCUGAGGUUUCUGACCGGUGGCAUACAUGCACUCACUGCCCACCCGUUCACCGUUUGCUCAAUCCCACGAGGUGGCCAGCGCAGCCAAAUGGUCUUCUACAUCCAACCCAGGGGUGGAAUAACGGCGAGAUUGGCCGCGAUUGCUCAGAAAUCCCCCGAGGCAUCUAUCCCGGUGCUUCUUGAUGGACCAUACGGUGGGGUCACGGACCGAUGGUUUACUGGCUUCGAUCGAACUCUCGUUGUCGCCGGGGGUGCUGGGGCAGGAUUCUCUCUACCAAUCAUCGAACACUUUUUGCAACGCCAACUUGGAGGAAUCUCAAACUCGGAGAUGGAGGUUUUCAUUGCAACACGCGAUGUAGAGUUCCGUGAAUGGUACUGCAGAGCUUUGGACGAUAUCAUGGCUCGACACCCGCUUGGCGAGGACAAAAAGUCACCGAGUAUUUCCAUCCAUUUUCAUGAGACAGGAACCUCGGAAGAAGCCAGUCCCACACCUUCCAACGCGGACUCUCCAGCAUAUGGUAGCGACAAAGAGGUGAUGGAAAAUUCUGGGAAGUCUUCUGAGACUGGGUGGCAAUCUCCGUCAGGACUGGUCAGUCUACGGACAUAUGCUGGACGGCCAGACGUCCCUGCGGUUUCUAGGCAAGCCGUUGAGCAACCAGGAAGCGUAGGAAUGGUGACCUGUGGUCCGGCAUCAAUGGUCUUCGACAUAGGGGAGGUUGCGGCUGAGGCCCAGAAACGGAUUUUGCAAGGCGGAAGCGGUGCCCGCGAGGUCUGGUUUUACAAGGAGAACUUUUCGUAA